AGCCCGUCUGCCGUGCUGUUUUGUGUGCGUGUAGAAAGGGUGAGUGAGAGCAGAGGGACGUGUGCUCAGGUCCUUUUUAAACAAAGAUCCUGGACACUAGUUCGUGUGUGUGUGAGUGCUUGUUGUAAUGUGACUAAUUUAGGUACAGCCUUCCACUAUUUGCACUUAUGAAAACGAGGUAUUUAUUUUUAUUUAUCCGAAAGUAGUCAUUCUGUUGAGUCAAAGCAACACCCGAAGUCCCGGCUCGGCGUGGCUUUAUUGCUUUGUAAAACCAAGACUUUCUGCUUGUUUGAUGUUCUUUAGUUAGCUAGCAUUAGUUUAUUAUAGUUGGGAGAAGAUGUCCACCGACUGCCAGAAGACAACCGCUAAGGCCAUCCCGUCGAUCAGGAGGGUGGCGAUCAACGACGCGGAGCACAUGCCCCAGGACUACUCCACUACUCCCGGAGGGACUCUGUUCAGCACGACCCCCGGCGGUACUAGGAUCAUCUACGACCGCAAGUUCCUGCUGGACUGUCGCAGUUCUCCGUUGGCCAGGACCCCUCCUGCCCAUCUGCCGGUAAUUCCAGGAGUGACCAGCCCUCCCUCCAAGGGCACUAGUGAGAACACCCAAAAUGGAGAACUACUGAACAACAACACUACUGCACCUGACAGUAGCAAUGCUGGUGAUGAUGCACAGUUUGAAAUGGACAUCUAGGCGGAGCUCAACAAUAUUGUUAUGAUGCUGUGAAGAGAGGGGGGGGUAACCGUCUUUUUUCCCCCCUAUCAUCAACUCCACGGGGACAGAGGAGCUUCUUCUAAAGUCCGUCUUUUUCAGCCUCAUUUGGAUUUUUGCCCAGAACAAAUCUGUAAUUACAUUUUUACCGUCUGCCUCAAGGCUUCAACCUGGUUUAUGUGUAACAAAGUGUGCCUUCCAGUAGUUGCUGCAAGUUAAAAAAACAAAAAUACGCUGAGAAGUGCUUAACACCAACAAUGCCUCCUUGCUCAGUAAUAAAACAAGUCUGUGAGAAUGAAAAUCUAAUUUUCUGAAUUUAUAACCAUUCCAAAAAAGGUUUUCAUUUGAUGUGCUUUUAUUUCAACGCAUUUCCUGACACCUCUUUUUAGAGAUUGUCUUGAAAUGUUCGACAUGUUGUGUAAUCUGCCAGUAUUGUUCUCGUAAACGAGCGCUUCAGCUGAAGUGUAACACAAGGAAUGCAAAACAAAUUUGUUGAUGACAUUUUGAAUCUGAUUUUCGCAAUUUUAAGGUGAGGGAAAAAAAACAUUAAAGCAAACACCAUUCAAA